UUAUACUGGAUUUGUUUGGGUUUGAAAAUGAAGGAAAUGCAGUCUGUACAAGGAUAGUGGUUGAGAAGACAUUCAAUAAGGAUUCAUUUAAAUGGAUAAUGUUUGUAUCUCAAGACCUGAUGUGGACCAACUGGAGUAACUUGAGAAGCUUUGAUAAAGCUAACUUUGACACUGAAGCUACUGUUGGCUAACUAUCAGCGGCUCACCAAGACUGGACACACCUCAAGCUCUAUUGACAACAUCUCAAUGGGCCUCAAUCAUGAUUCCUGACAGUAACUGUGGCAUGGCGGCAGGAGGUGGAAUAGAAAGUGACCUGCUGCAGCCUCUUGUUCUAGAGAGAGUGGAGAAAGAAGAAGAGAAAAGUUGCCAAACCGUCGUUCGACAAAGGCUAAAGAAACAUUGCAGUUGCGAGUCAGAAACUGUUAAAUCCAAAGUACUAGGCUUCUUCCCUAUUGUGAAAUGGCUACCAAACUACAAACUCAAAGAAUGGAUUCUGGGCGAUGUCAUGUCAGGAGUGAUUGUUGGAAUCCUUUUAGUCCCCCAGUCCAUAGCUUACUCUUUAUUGGCCAGUCAAGAUCCAAUAUAUGGUCUGUACACGUCCUUCUUCUCCUCCAUCAUCUACGCCGUCCUGGGUUCCUCUCGACACAUAUCUGUGGGCAUUUUCGGAGUACUCUCUCUGCUGAUUGGCCAGGUCGUGGACAGAGAGUUGGCUUUGGCGGGAUACCUCCCAGAAAGCGACGGCAGAAGCUACGAUGGCAACGACAGUGCAGUCCUGUUGGCAGGCCAGGGGAAUGGCACUUUUGCGAUGGAAUGUGACAAAGGUUGUUAUGCAAUUAUGGUGGGAGCUACAGUGACCUUUACUGCUGGGGUCUACCAGGUGCUGAUGGGGCUCUUCCAUGUCGGCUUUGUUUCCAUCUACCUCUCUGACUCACUCCUCAGUGGCUUUGCUACAGGAGCCUCACUGACCAUCCUGACCUCCCAAGUCAAGUACCUUCUAGGUUUGCAUAUCCCCAGGCCUCAGGGUUGGUUCACCCUCUUCAAGACCUGGUACAGCAUAUUUGCUAACUUGGCAAACACAAACAUCUGUGACCUAGUGACCAGUUUAGUGUGUUUGCUGGUGCUAAUACCUACAAAGGAACUCAAUGAUCGCUAUAAAGCUAAGUUAAAGGCUCCGAUUCCCUUUGAGCUUUUUGUGGUGAUCAUUGCAACCAUUGCGUCUCACUUUGGAAACUUUAAUUCUGAGUUUGGUUCAAGUGUUGCUGGGGACAUCCCGACUGGCUUCCUCCCUCCCCAGGCACCCUUGUGGUCGCUUAUUCCCAAUGUAGCUCUUGACGCCUUUUCCAUCGCCAUUGUGGGAUUUGCCAUCACCGUCUCAUUGUCAGAAAUGUUUGCCAAGAAGCAUGGCUACACAGUGGACGCCAACCAGGAGAUGUACGCCAUCGGCUUCUGCAACAUUCUGCCGUCAUUCUUCCGCUGCUUCACCACCAGUGCUGCUCUGACCAAGACCUUAGUCAAAGAGUCAACAGGGUGCCAGACACAGAUGUCGGGGCUGGUCACCGCACUGGUCCUCCUGCUGGUGCUUCUGGUUAUCGCACCACUCUUUUUUUCUCUCCAAAGGUGUGUGCUCGCCGCCAUCAUUUUAGUCAACCUCCGCGGUGCUCUGCGAAAGUUCGCAGAAAUUCCCAGCAUGUGGCGGAACAAUCGCAUCGACGCCCUUGUCUGGAUUAUCACCAUGCUCACCUCGUCGCUGAUCAACACAGAGCUCGGCCUCUUGGUUGGGGUUCUGGUGUCAGUCUUCUGCGUGCUUGGUCGUACCCAGCGAGUCCAGGUCCAGGAGUUAGGUAGGACCAAAACCCACGAGCAUUACGAGGCCUUGUUGUGCUACCGAGGCCUUCACAGAAUCCCAGGCGUGGCCAUCUUCAGGUACGAAGCUCCCAUUUAUUACGCAAACCAGAGUAUAUUCAAGAAGUCUUUGUACAGCUGUGUGGGGCUGGACCCUGUGAAGGAGAACACACAACGCUUAAAGUUCGAGAUUAAGGAGAGUAAACAGCAGAAAGACAUCAAAGAUGGCCCCAACAUGAAAUCAGAGAGAAUAGACCUCGAUGAAUACAGGGCUGUCUCCUUGAGGCCUGACCUAAAACAAGGUCCAGGCGUGUGCAACAUAGUAAUAGACUGCAGUACCAUCCUGUUUGUUGAUACAGCAGGAGUCAACGCUCUGAAAGAGGUUCGCAAAGAUUACAGUAAACUUGGGAUCCAGGUGGUUCUGGCCCAGUGCAAUACCACAGUACUGGAUGCUCUGGAAAAAGGGGGUUACUUCCCUGAAAAGAAGGACAGAGAUGGAGUGGAAAACAACAUUGUGUUCUACACAAUCUCAGAUGCUGUCAGUUACGUCCAAAGCCUCCCUGCAACUAAUGGAGACUGCGAUGCCAAAUGCAGAAAAGAUGAUUCGUCCGUAUAACGUGUUUAAAUGAAAUUCCCCUGAUGCUAAAUGUGCCUUACAAUGCUCCUUUGAUAGCAGCAGGUACAGUAUUUAGGUAAAUAUGCAUUGAUUUAUGUAAUGGUUGACUAUCUUGUAUUUAUACUGUUUACUUUAAUAGAUAAAUAAAUGAGGACAAACUAGUUAGUGCAGAACUUUUACACUAGAUUUGCAAUAUUUACUUUCAAAGAUUUCAAUUCAAAAUUAAUUUAACAUAAAACACUGUUUCUACAAACAUAGAGUAACGUUUUUGGAUUUAUUUUUGCUAAUUUAGCAGUUGUGUCCUUUUAGAUAUACUGGCCAUGACCUCAUUACAGUAGAGUGUGAAGACAUAGAGGUGGCUAUAAUCCAGUGAUUCACAACCUUUUUUGAGCCACUGCACAUAUUGUUAAUAAAAAAACACAAAACAAAUAUGUCCCAAAAACGUUAUGUAAUAAAAUAUAAACUUCAAUUUUCAAUUUAGUCAUGUACUUGCCCUGUAUGGAACCUGGUCCUGUUUAGUUGAACUGGCAGAGACACACAGGAAGAACUCCUUCAACAUCUGGCAGUCACUUUUUUUUUGUCGUUUUUGAAGCGAUCCGCUGCCUUCUAGACGUAGAGUGCAUAGACAAAAGAAGACAAAUCAUUUGCAACAAAUAAGUAAUAGUUUUCAGAACAGUAAAGGAUCAUUUUCCAUGGCAUACCAAUUUGCCACAGCACUGUAGUUGGCAAUCACUGUAACAAUGACAAUUGUCUAUAAAUACACAUUUUUAAACUUUCUUUUUCAAAUAUACAAUCAAUAACUUGUACCAGGUGGACAGGGAUGUUUAUAUUGAAUUAUUGAUAUUAGUUGAAAUGUUAGAGAGACCAAAUCUAUUAUCUUAUAAUCAAUGAAAUAACCAAACUGUAACAUGAUUAUGAAUGUACUGUUCUUUAGGAAAGAGCCAUAUUGUGAUUUUUUUUUCUAAUAUAUAUAUUUAACAAUGUUUUUAGUUGAUGUUAAGUGGGGAAUUUCAGAUCACAUUUAAAAAGUGAAUAAAGGUUAAACUACGACUGAGGGGGGACAGGUUAGAUAAGAUCCAGAGUCUGGAGUUAGUCUUCUUAAUUUUUGUCCAAAAACCAACCGUUCUGUGCCUUAAAAGUUCAUGUGUAAACUGUUAUAAUCAAAAGUAUAAACUAUUCUUUUCCAGAGGUUAAUCUCA